CCAUCCAUGUUUCUAUUUCUGGUUCUUUUUUCUUUUUUAACUCUACCCCCACCCUGGGGCUUGAACUCAGGACCCUGAAAUCAGAUCCCAAGAUUCAGAGUCGUCUGCUCUACCGACUUUGAUCCAGCCAUGUGCCCCACCUAUUUCCUGUUCUGAUCACAUUCAUUAUCUUGUCAAUUCUUACAUUAAUUCCAUAGGGUAGAUAUUAGUUUCACAGCUGAGGAAACGGAGCCUCAGGAGAAGGAAUUUACCCUAAUAAUAUUGUAAAGCUGAGAACUGGCUUUGGCAUUGUUUGGCUUCAAAACACUCUCUAUUCAAUGCUUCAUUUACUUAACAGCAUGCUACUUUCCCAGGUUUUAACCACCAUUUCGGACUCAUUCACUCAUUUACUCAAUAAAUACAUAAUUGCAUACCUGCUAUGUGUCAACUAAUAAAGAAGCAUCUAAAUAAAAAUAAAACCCACCAUGUGCUAUGCAAAUGAUGACAAACGGAUAUACUAGCGAGUGCGGGCAGAGGCGGGUUAUUCCACCUCUGGGAACCCUCCCCCUGCCUCUCGGAAACACACACAACCUGACCCACCACACUCCGAAACGCACGCACGCACAUUGACAACCUGCUCCGUGUAAAACGGUUAGAUGACCGUAGCUAACGGAGACUCGAGAUCAGGAAGGCAGGCUGGUCGCCCACCUGGGUGCGCUGACAGCCUUGGUUGGUACCGGGAAAACGGGAGUUUUGUUCUUUACCCGGACUUCCAUUCCGAAAUGUCUCAGCUCAUAGAGACCGAAGGGGAGAGUUGUGGCUGGCUCAGAACCAGGCUCGAGGCUCCACAGAGACACGCCUUAUCGGACCCGACUUAAACCCAACUGGGGACACUCGGGCUCCACAGGACGUGCUCAGGAAGAAUGAUUUGACCAGGUGCAAAUCCCCACUCGUCCUCCGCGUGGAUCAGGAGGAGAGCGUCACGUGGCGCCGGGGCGGGGCCUGUGGCCCCGCCCCCGAGAGGCCUUUUCCCGGACGCCGGAAGCGCUAGCGCGGAGCUUCUGAGCGGCUGGGUCCCGCGCCUUCCGCCAUGGCGACCAGGGCAAAGCGCCGGCGGGUGGCGGGGCCUGUGGGAGGCGACGCGGACCCGGGCCCGGACCCGGACCCUGUGGCCGGCUUCCUGAGCUGGUGCCGGCGGGUGGGGCUGGAGCUGAGUCCCAAGGUGGCGGUGAGCCGGCAGGGCACGGUGGCCGGCUACGGCAUGGUGGCCCGGGAGAGCGUGCAGCCCGGGGAGCUGCUGUUUGCCGUGCCGCGGGCCGCGCUCCUGUCGCAGCACACCUGCUCCAUCGGCGGCCUGCUGGAGCAAGAGCGAGGCGCGCUGCAGAGCCAGUCGGGCUGGGUGCCGCUGCUGCUGGCGCUGCUGCACGAGCUGCAGGCCCCGGCCUCGCCCUGGAGCCCUUACUUUGCGAUGUGGCCGGAGCUAGGCCGCUUGGAGCACCCGAUGUUCUGGCCUGAGGAGGAGCGUCGGCGAUUGCUGCAGGGCACGGGCGUACCCGAGGCGGUGGAGAAGGACUUGGCCAACAUCCGCAGCGAAUACUAUUCCAUCGUAUUGCCGUUCAUGGAAGCCCACCCGGAUCUUUUCAGCCCCAGGGUUCGCUCCCUGGAACUCUACCACCAGCUCGUGGCUCUUGUGAUGGCGUACAGCUUUCAGGAACCACUGGAGGAAGAGGAGGAUGAAAAGGAGCCAAACUCCCCUUUGAUGGUGCCUGCUGCAGACAUACUAAACCACUUAGCCAAUCAUAAUGCCAAUCUAGAAUACUCUCCAAAUUGUCUUCGGAUGGUGGCCACUCAGCCCAUUCCUAAAGGCCAUGAAAUUUUCAACACUUAUGGACAAAUGGCUAAUUGGCAACUCAUUCAUAUGUAUGGUUUUGUUGAACCAUAUCCCGACAACACGGAUGACACAGCUGACAUUCAGAUGGUGACAGUUCGUGAAGCAGCAUUACUGGGAACAAAAGUUGAAGCUGAAAGGCUCCUACUGUAUGAACGCUGGGAUUUCUUAUGCAAACUGGAGAUGGUAGGGGAAGAGGGAGCCUUUGUAAUUGGGCGGGAGGAGGUGCUCACUGAAGAGGAACUGACCACCACACUCAAGGUACUAUGCAUGCCUGCUGAGGAGUUCAGAGAGUUUAAAGACCAGGAUGGAUGGGGAGAUGAUAAAAGGGAAGAGGAGAGCUUGACAGUCACAAAUAUCCCCAGGCUGAAAGCAUCAUGGAGACAGCUGCUUCGGGACAGUGUUUUGUUGACCCUGCAAACCUAUGCCACAGACUUAAAAUCUGAACAAGAUUUACUAAGUAACAAGGAGGUCUACACGAAACUCAGCUCGAGGGAACAGCAGGCCUUGCAGGUUCGCUAUGGUCAGAAGAUGAUCUUACACCAGUUGUUGGAACUGACAAGUUAGCAGGUUCCCUGUUGCCUGAAAGACCAUCCACAAGAACUUUAUUCUAAGCUCGCAUUCAUUGAUGCUUGAAAAAAAGGAAAAUCUGGGUCUUUUGCUUUUCCUUUAAUAAAUACCAACAGGAAAAGUAACAAAGGUGGUGUGCUAGGGGUAACUGAGAUAAGGGUGACCUGUUUAAGGACUGGGUACAGCAGACUUGCAGAUUGCUGUUACUAAGAUCAGUGAAUUUUAUAGCUGUUUUGUUCUCAGUCUGAACCAAAGGUUAGAAGAAAUGUGAUAGUAAUCGGUUCCUGUUGUAGUCUAGCAUUUAAUAACAACAUGGACUUUGAAGGUAGACCUGGGUCUGUUUUGAGCAAGCAUCCCCCCCACUCCAAGACUUCAUUUUCUGUUAGAGGGUAUGAUCUGGCACUGGCACUCAACAACUACUGUACUUCCUCAGGAGUCUGAAGUUUCUUCUACAUGGCACAGCCCACCGGUAAGGGAAGAAACCCUAAGCCACCAAUGACAUUCAAGCCCCAUUAAGAUUUCUGCUGUUGAGUCUUGAACUUUUUGUCCUCUGUGGCCAUAAAACUUGAGUUAUUAAGGUAUAUUUUAUUUUAAAUAGUGUAAAUUUUAAAAACUUUUUAAAACAAGUAGGUAUAUGUGAUAUAUUAUCAAAACUCCAUGGGGACAAAGGGUAUGAAAAAUGUUUUGUAAUUAUUUAACCAUAGAAACCUGAUCCAAUGAUUUUUCUACUGCUGAAACACUAUACAAAAUUCACUUCCUUGCUUGUUUAAAGAUGCCAGACUCAUGUAAGUGAUCUACCAUGCAGCAAGAAGUGACGUUUCCCAUUGGCAACAGGCUCUGCGAGGCUGGGUUGUCCACUUUCCUCACCACCAGCACUGGCUGCUGCUACUACUGAGAAAGGCACAGUGGAGUCAUGUGUGUGUCAUGACUUUAAUGUUUUGACUACAGUAUGCAUACACAUACAAGUAAUGGGAGCUAGAGCCCAGGAACUAGAAAGGCUACAAAAUACAACACGUGGACCAAUACAUUUACAAAACAUUCAAAAUGCUUACAAAAGGGGCUGUAUUGGUCCUUUUGACUUUGUUGUUGUUCAACAUAGCCUAUAUAGGGCUAUUUACUGGGAUAAUGGGGAAGGGCAAUUCAUACACUAUUAGUUCCCUUUCCCACAAUUUACAAGGAUCAGAAGAAAGAAAGGGGCACUUUUAGGCCUGGUCCGGUUUUACGUUAUAAAAAGAGCUGACUGCAUCUUGCAGGGCCUAAGGGGGCAGGUUCUCCAGUAGAAAUGAGAAAAUGAUGCUCUCCCAGCAGUCGGCUUUAGAGUUGGGGAAGAGGCAAAACAAAAACCCAUGGGAUCUCAAUUGUGAGCUCUUCCCAUGUCCCCUAAGCAUACCAAAUAGUAGCACAUACACAUUUUUAACAACUUUGUGAUUUUCAAGGUCCCCUGUCCACAUUAAAAAAAUAAGUUACACAAUA